UAAACAUUUAUUGUUAGAACUUUUCUUUCUGUGUUUAAAUGUUUUGAUAGUCUCGUACUCUUCCUCUUCCCACCAAAUUCAGAUGUUAUUUUUGUGAACACGUAAAACGUCUUCCCACCUUCUUUCUUUUAUUUUCUAACGUAAACCUUCUCAUCUUCCCCACCAUUAAGACACAAAUUAUGAACGUUAAACCAUCUCCAACUCCAUCCACUAUAUAUAUAUAUAUAUAUAUACAGCCAUCUACCUGAAAUCCUCUCCAUCCGAAAGCUUUUAACUCCCAAUGGCUCCUCCCCUCAAGCUUCUGCUCCCCAUACUGCUACUUGCCACCAGUCUGUGGGCCAUGGCCAUCAUCUCUGAGGCCCGGCCCGGCCCAGUAAGCAUCGCAGCCCGGCUUCAGGCUGAUGAUGCGAAGCAGUGCUGGGACUUCUUAUUGGAGCUCAGGUCGUGCACUGGAGAGGUCAUCCUCUUCUUCCUCAAUGGAGAGACAUAUUUAGGCCCAGGGUGCUGCCGUGCCAUUCGUGCCAUCGAGCAUGGAUGCUGGGCUGCUGAUGCCUUGCUUGCUGGGCUUGGAUUCACCGCCGAGGAGGGAGAUGUGCUCCGAGGAUACUGCGACGGCGCCUCAGAUUCUUCGACGCCACCACUACCAUUGGUGCACUUGGACCCGCCUUCACCGCCUCCGGUGUCGGAGGACUUGGUGCACUAGAUUACUAGCUAUAUUAUGGGUUCAUGGACUUGUUAGUUUCUAGGUGCUUCUGAUGGAAUUAUGGUAUCAUCUAGGCUUGUGGGUUUUUAUAGUGUUGCUUGUUGUGGUGUUUUGCUUAUCACGUAGCGUCAUGUUACGGAUAUGAUGGCUUAUAUAAUGGUUUAUGUUACUAAGU